GGUGUUACUGUUGAAGUGAGAUCCAUCCUCUGUUAAACAGCUAGAACACGUAUUAUUUUGGUAUUUUAAAAAGGAAAAAAUUGUAGUUUGGGUAGUUUCACGUUAUUAACUUACGAUUUAAUCGCAUUGCCUUUCGUAAAUGAGUUUUCCGUGGAUCUACGCGGCACUUACGUUCGGUUUUGCGGUGGUUUCUGUUGCUGUCGCUGUUAAUGGAAACAAUUUGGCAGCCAUGCCACCGGCUGCACCGGUGAUUCUCGGCGUCUGCUCCCUGACCGGAAUGAUUCUGCUGUGGAGAGACAUCAGCUCAAAGCUGAAGGGAGACCACCGGACGUGGGGCAGCCUGCUCGGUCAGUACGUGGCCGUGAAGGCCGUGGGGCUGCUGGGCAGGCGGCAGAGAAGGAAGCUGGAGCUCGAUACUGUCAAGGUGAAAGAAGCGCAGGAGCAGACGCUGCUCAAGCGGCUGCGUAAAAACGCAGACACGUGUUAUGGAAAACAGUACAACUUCAGCUCCAUAAAAGAUUCUGACGCCUUCCGGGCUCUUCACCCGAUAACCACAUAUGAGCACUAUCGAGGACUCAUCCAGCGCAUUGCAACAGGCGAGCAGAAAGUGAUCAUUGCGGAGAAGCCGCUGAUCCUAGCGAUGACUUCUGGGACGUCCGGACCCAGCGCCAUGCUGCUCAGCACCAAGGACACCAACACCGAGUUCUUCCUCCAGGGAGUGGCUGUGUGCUUAGAUGUUAUGCGAGAAGCGUUUCCUGAGACGGACAGCCUUCAGCGCACCGCCAAACUCUUCUACACUCCGACAUUUCGCCAAUCCGAGGCUGGCAUUCCCAUCGGACCAAACUCCUCCACGCCGGCGUCUUCCCGCCACAUGCUCAACCUUUACACCACUCCGGCUCCAGCCUUUGAGGUUCCCAGCGAGAAGGACACCUUAUACCUGCACCUCCUGUUUGCUCUGAAGGAUCCCACCGUGGGAACUCUGGAGUCCAACUUCGCCUCAACGGUUUUUUACGCUUUCACUGCCCUGCAGGAGCGCUGGCCGGAGCUGGUGGAGGACAUUCACCGAGGACAGAUCAGCAGCACUUUGUCUCUGGAGCCCAAAGUGAGGGCGGGGCUGGAGGCGCUCAUGAAGCCCGACCCGCAGAGGGCCGCGCAGCUCCGAGCCCACUUCCAGGAGGGCUUCAGCGGGAUCGCCAAACGCCUGUGGCCUCACCUUCACCUGGUGCUGGCGGUGGACUCGGGGUCCAACCAGAUUUACGGGGAGAUGCUCAGAGACCACUACUGCAAAGGGGUUCCUUUCUAUUCACCCUUUUAUGCAGCGACUGAAGGUCUGAUAGGGGUGAACUUGUGGCCUCAGGAGUCGAGGAGGCGGUACCUUCUGUGUCCACGUUCAAUGUUCUGCGAGUUCCUGCCAGAGAGCAGCCUGGAGGACGAGGCGCCGCAGACGCUGCUGAUGGAGCAGGUGAAGCCAGGAGAGAGCUAUGAGCUGGUCGUCACCAACGCCUCGGGACUCUUCAGAUAUCGCAUCGGAGAUAUCGUGAAAGUUGUUGGAUUCCACAACCAGUGUCCCAUCGUGGAGUUUCAGUACAGACGCGGUCAGAUGCUGAGCGUUCGAGGAGAGAAGGUGUCCGAGUCGCUGUUUCUCGGUGCACUGAAGAAAGCUGUGGACCAGUGGCCCGGAGCUCAGCUGGUUGACUAUUCCUGUGCUGAGAGCGGCAUCUUGGGAGACUCGAUGGGCGGCUCAGACCCUCAUUACCAGGUGUUCGUAGAGCUCAAAGGCGUGAGGAAUCUAACCGAAGAACAACGUUAUAAGCUGGACAUUUGUCUGCAGCAGGACUCGGCCGUGUACAGAUCCUUUCGUAUCAAAGGCAGCAUCGGCCCCAUGAGGGUGCAGCUGGUGGCCGACGGUGCGUUUCAGGAGCUCCGCAAGCGGAUGAUGGAGCACAGCAGGACGUCACCCAACACCUUCAAAAUGCAGCGGGUGCUGCGCAGGAAGGAGUAUGUGGACUUCCUGCUGGGAAAAACGGUGUCCUGAACAAUAAAACUCCACUUUUACAGUUUUCAACCAUCACUCUGCUGUGCCUUUACAAUGAAAAAAAUGUUGGAAUUACAGCGAAAAACAUCUUCUGAGAAGAUUCUGAAGAUCCAUACGGUGAUGAACAGAAAGUGCUUCAGUGUUAAGUGCACGCUCCAUCUGAGCUCCAAAGGGGGCGUGGUUUAUAUCAGUUUAAAUAAAUCCAAAACAAUGAGUUUUUAUUAAAAUUAACCAACAAUAAAUUGACAUAUUUGACCACAAAACCCUAAAAAGUUUUUAAAACUGAAUUUAUGUUUGUCCCUUUACAUUGGAAGCCACCUAGUGGUUAUCUGGUGAACUGACCCGGUUCCACACUUCCCUUAAAACAGGAAGUUCUGCUUAUUGAAGGUGACCCAUUUUUACAAUACAAUUAAUUUACUUUAAUUUAUCAAAUAUGUGAAGACAUUUUUUUUGUCAUUGCAAGUGUGAUUCAAACUCAUGAAACUUUUCUAACUAAAACUGUAAUAAAUAUUUGUUUUGUUUGAUGUUUUUGUUUUCAUAUUUAACUGCUUUGUUUUCAUCUAUGUUCAUAGGAGUCUUUUUUUAAUGUCAAUUGCAAACAUUGCUAUAGUGAAAUUGAGUGAAUAAUUUCACCUAAACUCAAAUUUAAAUGGAUUAUUGAAAGAGCAUUAAAGUUACCACUCCUGUAGUAGUUCUGUGCACCACUAGGUGGCACCAGUAUGACAUAACUAUUUCUUUUGUAUUUUUUAUUCUUGAGUUAUAAACUACAUUCUAUUGUUUGCACACAACCUAAUUUUUACACAUCUAAUACAAAUGAGAGAUUUAAUUAUUGUAAAGUUUACAUUUCUGGUGAAAUGUAUUUAAGGUCUCCAUUAUUCUCCCUCCAGGAUUUCUAAAGUGACGUUUUUAGCAUAGAUUUCUCUCUUUUUUUAUUUGAUGUUAGAGUCUUUUCAGACUUGUCUAUGACAGGAUCAUUUAAAUCUGGACAGCUGUUGUGUAAAAACAUUUUUAAUUUUUAGAUGGAUGUGAAAACGUCUACUGAUGCUUACCUCUCUGUAAGUAUUCAAACAAUCUGGGGCAGACGGACCUGAUUCCUCCAUGAGUUUGUGGAGGUUUGGGUUCUUUUUCAGGAGCAUGAAUGCUACAUGUGUAGAAAAUCAAAGGUAAACUUGGUAACAUGAUCGGGUCAGAAUCCAAAUCUGGAACAAAUACCCUCACCUCCAUUCGUUAUUCAGGUUCAGUGGCGUUCACAGCAUCACCUCCGGUCAAACCUUUAAGGUAAAGUUGUCAACUGUCUACACAAUUGGUCCCUUAUCUCCUGUUUGCGACAAUUACUCUGUAUAUAAAAACUGUUAGUAAGUUAGCUUGUGUUAGCUGAAUAAACUGAUAUCGAACAAGC